GCGGCCCGCGGCCCUGUGCGCGGCGCUGGGUCCCUCCUCCUCACGCUGUGGUGGUUACCCUGUAGCUGUCCGGUUCUCCAGAGGAUGAUGGAUUUUGAGAAUCUUUUCUCCAACCCCCCCAACCCGGCCCUCGGCAGAAAACUGGCCACGGACUGUGACGAAAGAAUCGAUGAUGAAAUAGAUGAUACAGAAGUUGAAGAAACACAAGAAGAGAAAAUAAAAUGGGAAGUAAAACUGGAGUGUGAGCAAAUUCCCAAAAAAUCUAGGCACUCAGGAAACUCUACAGCAUCAUCGAAGAAUUUGCCACAUAGAAAAUCAAGAAGUAAAGACUAUGAUGUGUACAGUGAUAAUGAUAUCUGCAGUCAGGAAUCAGAAGAUAAUUUUGCUAAAGAGCUUCAACAGUAUAUACAAGCUAAAGAAAUGGCAAAUGCUGCUCAAUCCUUACCAUUUCCUGAAGAAUCUACGAAGAAAGAGGGAGUGAAGGAUUCCCAAAAAGCUGUUAAACAAAAGAAUAAAAACCUUAAAGCUGUUCGCAAGAAUGGUAAACAGAAGAAAAUGAAGCGAAAAUGGCCUGGCACUGGAGACAAAGGACCAAAUGCUUCAUUGAAGAACAGUGGCUCACAAGAACAGGAUGGUAAACCUAAAGAGAAGCAGCAGCAAGUGAGAAUGAGCCAGGCGUUCAUCAACCAACACACAGUGGAACGCAAGGGAAAACAAAUUUGUAAAUAUUUUCUUGAAAGGAAAUGUAUUAAGGGAGACCAAUGUAAAUUUGAUCAUGAUGCAGAAAUAGAGAAGAAAAAGGAAAUGUGUAAGUUUUAUGUACAAGGAUAUUGUACCAGAGGUGAAAACUGUCUGUAUUUGCAUAAUGAAUAUCCCUGCAAGUUUUACCAUACAGGAGCAAAGUGUUAUCAGGGAGAAUAUUGCAAGUUUUCACAUGCUCCACUGACUGCUGAAACACAAGAACUGUUGGCUAAAGUUUUGGAUACUGAAAAGAAGUCAUCAUGAAAAUAAAAUACAUAAAAAAGCUCCCCCAGCACCUUUGUAUAGUUGAAGAGUGCUUAUGUCUAUGGCUGUUCAAGACUGUUCAAGACUGUUGAUUUGGAGUAGUUUAUAAGAAUUCUCAUUUAAAGUGCCCACCUGUGUCAUUGUGAUGAUGUGCAGCUUCUUUAAUGGAUGGUGCGGAGGGACAGAGUCUAGUGUAUAAGUCAAGGGGUUGGUCUUCACCAAGAUGUCCCAGCCAUUGGAACAGGAGAGGAGCAUAAAUGGCAGAGAAGCUGGCUGGUGGGUAAAUGUUUUGGUAGUAAAUUGUGGAAGUCUCUUUUGAUUGAGUUUUCUCAAUAAAAUAGGAAGGAAGGUUAGGCUGAGUGAGCAUGGAUGAAGAGGUGUAGGGGAUUUGAAGGCAGAAAACUGUUAGAUUUCUUUAGGAAGAUGUUGGAAUAAUAGACGAUGAAUAUACAGUUAGAUCUUCUCGUGUCAUUCAGUACAUUCACGACAUAUUUUUAAUAAUUGCUCACAGUUCUGUUUUAUGGCUUAAAUUAUCAUUCAAUGAUUUUUUAACCAAUUUCCUGUCGUUGGACAUUUACUAUUAUAAAUAAAGUGGAACAAUGUCUCUUGUUAUACCAUUCAUAAACUUGGAGUUCUUAACGUUUUUGUUGUUAAGAUAUAAGAAUUGUUCUUUCUCAUUGGUUCAUAAACUGUAGACAGGUUAUACACUUGUGUAAAAUGUAAAUGUUAGGAGUAUGAUGAUGUCUUUAACAUAAUAUUCAAAUAUGAAAUUUGCCAAGUACAAAUAAUAAGAUUCUAAAUAUGCACUUUUAUAUGCUGAUGCUGAGUAUUGUUAGAAAAAUACCGUGAAACUGAAACUGUCAUCAUCAUAUUGUUUUAUUACUGGGGAAAGUAAUAGCAUCACUGACUUGCAGUAUACAUAAAGCACACCGGAGUUAGUGACACUUUUUAGCAAAGUCCUAUUUGAAACUAGGACUCAAAGUUGUUUUAGUUGUAACUUAAUCGCUCUAAAGUAAGAAAGGGAGUUGUGUUUACUCCAAGCAGACCUAGGAAGGAUGAAACCAGGAUGGAUCCUGGGCCCUUAGUGUCAGGCGUCUGUGAGCUGGGUGUGAGUCAUCUCUCAGUGCCCCAUUGCCGUCUGCUGGGUUGACUGGUUCACUCCCUGGCUGUGGCUGGGGAGGAGGGCAAGACAAGGCACUAGAAGCUGCCAGAGGAAGUCACAGAAGAGAGAGGCUGAGUUGACACUUUGAACGGGUCCAUUACAAAAACCUUCAAUAAUUCAAUGAAAUUGUGCAAGGGAGUGCUUAUAUUAUCUGAAGAAUCAAUACUUUGUAUCUUCUUUAAAGAUCACAUACAAUUUAAAGAAAUUCAAGAGCUUGUCAUAGCUCAGAAGUGUAGAAGGUAAUUUUUAUGGCAACAUGUAUGUAGGCUCACAUUGGCCAACACGUCAGUAAGCUAACAUGAAUGUACACUUACCAUGUGCAGGCACUGUACUGUUUUAUUUAAUAAUGUUUAACUUUCUUAUUUAAGCCUCAUAACCCUAUGAGGUGAAUAAUGGGAUCCAUCGCAUAGAAAAGGAAUAAAUAGGAACAGUUACAGUUUUUCUAUUUUCAUGAGCCUUGAAAAAUACUUGCAUUUAAUCUUAUGACAAUUUAACAGUUUAUUUCCUUAUGAUAUUACCUCAUGUAUAGUUUAGUAAUUAUGAGGUAUAAAUGUUUAUAUAUAAGGUUUAUAUGUAAGAAAAAAUAAUUCUUAUAUUCCAAGAAGCAAUACUCGUCUCACCUGUAAACUUAACAGACCAAGCAGAGGUUUGAGGGACUGAGAAGUCAGAGAAGUUAAAGAAGCUCUUAUUUUACAAAGGCGAGCAUGUCUGUGUCAGUGAACUCUCUGAACUUGUUCUGUUAAAUCAAGUGGAGGGAGAGACAUAUUCUUUUGGAUGUGCCCAUUGCACCUAAAGCAGCUGUGGAUGUCUUAUCUCUAGGUUAUUAUAGAGCCUUCUGACUGACCUCUUGCCUCCGUUUUCUUCUUUCUUCUCUACAGUUCACUCUUUUCCUCAGUUAGAACAGAUUUCCCAAUGUACUGCUUCAGCCAUGCCUCCACUGUGUAGUACCCUGAAGCAAGAUCCAUUUGUCCACCUGGUUUUAAGUGCUGUGUAGUCUGGCCAUCUCAGUCAUACCAAGCUUUAGUUCCUGCUGCCCUCUGCUCCCCUUUUUUCCUCCUGUGAAGUAAAUCUCAGUGCUUUCUUGAUGCAGCUCCAAGCAAGUACACAUAUAAUAAAACCAUUGGCGGUUAGAAAAAUCUGGACCAAAGGAAAUAUAAGUAAGAAAGUUGUAAUGGGAAGAGCUGUAUAUGGAUUUACAUGUCACUUGGCCAGCAUGGUUGUCAUGACUGUAUUAAAUUUAUCUUUGAUCUGUUUUGGAGCCAUAUCAAAAGUGAUGAAGUGGUUAUCUACUUACCUCUCAUUAUCAGAAAGAAGGUAGGAUGCAAAAACCUAACCUCUCCUGGUAAUGAUUUCAUAAAAACAAUUCUUAUGUAGGUCUUCAUUGUGGAAAUCACUGAGUAGAAUGGACAGAAUUCUUAUUUCUAAGAUUCUCUGUGACAGAUUUCAUAGAACUUUUUUGUGGUCACUUACCAAAAGCCACAUGACAGUAAAACCCAAUUUUUGUCAGCUGGUAAGAUAUUCACAUAUGUGGUCUUUUGGUGUUUUGACUUGAUCCUAUUGUAGAACUUAAGGAAUUCAGAUGCACAGAUGUUAAAUGACUUGUCCCCUGUCUUAAUAGGUUUCCUGACCUCCGUACAAGCUUCUUAGUUCACUGACUAGUUCUGAUAAGCAUAACCAUUGAGGGGUUACAUUCAAGGAUUUCUUCUGAGCUGUUGUUUGUUGAGAUCAAAAUACUAUUUGGUUUGGUGAUCUGGCCUAAAGAAUAUGGGGUUCAUAUUGCCAGUUAGAAGCUCAAACACCACAUUUGGUCUGUAGUGAGAUCAGAAUGUCUCAGGUUCAGGUUCAGCACCUGCUGAAUGCUAGGGUCAUAUAUGUGAAAUCCUUUUUAAUACCUAUUAGAAUUCUAUUAUAGGGAUUAUUAUAGUAAUAGUAGUUGUUAUUACUAUUUACAGAUGAGGAAACCAAGUCUGUAAGAAGGCAUUACCUUCCCCGAGUCUCCAUAGUUUGUAUUCUUAGUUGUAUACCGUCAUGUAUGUUUGCUCCUCUUCCUAGCAGAAUCUCAGUUUUGUUUAGGUGUCCUUCCCUCCUCCAUGACAUCAUCUGUGCUUUGUGGAUGAUGGGCCCUGUCCCCAACCCUUAGGGUUGUACCAUCAAGGGUCUAAAGUUGUGGUUCUCAACCUUGGCUUCACAUUGGAAUCAUUUGGGAAACCAAAAAAAAAAAAAUACUGAUGCCUGAGACUGACUCUCAGAAAUUACGAUUUUUUUCUGGGUUGGAGUGGGAGCCCUGGGGUGUGGACAUGAGAUUUUCAGUAGCUCCCAGAUGAUUCUAAGGCAAAGCCAAGGGUGAAAACCAUUCAUCUCAACAACUAAUGGAAAUGCCAUUCUUCCGGCCAGUCGUUGGUUUAGACUUAAAAUAUGAAUACAUGUCGUCUGGUGCACUUCUGGAAAAGUUAACAUCUCUUGAGAUACACAAAGAAGAGGCCAGACAUUGCUGUGUCUAAAUAUGACACCCAGAACUGAUGGAGCUAUCGAUGACCUCAAGGGGAGCUAGCUAGCCAGCUGAAGAUGAUAGAGAGGAAAGGUGGGGAGAAGCUGGGUCCUGGAUAACAACUGAGCUAUGGAAUUCAUGAACCUUAGAAAGGAGACAUCCAACCUUCAGAUUGCAUGUUAUACCACAUGAAAUAACAUAUUUUCUUUACAUUUAAGCCGUUUUGGUUUGAGUUCUCUGUUACCUGCAUCCAAAGGCAAGCUAAUAAAUGUGAGCCAAGAAUCAAACUUACAUGCAUUUAUCCAAAGUCCAUAUUUCUCCCAGGGUCUCCACCCCCCUCUUCACUGACUGCGUUCACUGUCUCAGCCCCUGCAGACGGGACACAGUAAGAAACAGGUGUAAGAAAGGAGGAGACUUGACAACAGGGAGGGCAGUUUUCACGACACCGAGCAGAAACUGGGAAGGAGCAGAUAUGUUUACAAGGCUGAAGAGGAAAGGAGGGAAUGUAUUUGUGGGUAGGGAGGGAUAAGAUGCCCAACUCACCUCAAAGUGGUGUUGAUUCCUGUGAAAUGUGUAAGACUGUUCACAUUAUUUUAAAAUAAAGUUAAAAAAAUGGCACUUUUUUGGUUAAUAUAUGUCAUUAAUUUUGAGAUACACAUUUAUUUUCAUAGUUAACAUCUCUGAAAUUGGAAUGUAUUUUACAGUUGUUAGAAUAUCACAUUUUAGUUGCCAGGUUAUUUUUUUCUUGUUGGUACAUAAAAAAUGGUGGAUCUUAAGUUAGUGAUAUAUUUAGAUUUGAUUGAAUGUAAUUUUUAACUGAAAUAAUAUAUGUAUAUAGUCAAAA